AUGUCGAGGAAAAAGAGACGUAGUGGUCUGUUUGACCUAGACAGAGUAAAAGAGAAAAUCGAGGAGGAAAACGUUUGCUUCAACCGUGUUAAAGAACAGCUUGGGGCAUUGCAAAAGUUUAAUGUCCACGACUUAUAUUUGGUGAAAGGUCUGACCUUCACUGAGCACGAAACACUUCAACUUCUUGCCGCACAAUUGACUUUUCAAGGUGUUUGUAACCUUAGAAAAGCGAUACAACAUGUUCCAUUUAACAUAGUGUGAAUUACGGCAGGAAAAUCCUUACGAGCGUUGUUAAUAUGGGAUGCUUUCAACGCGCUUUGCACAUAUUGUGAUGUUGAUGAGCUUUCACGCUAUACAGAGAUUAUGGAACAGUGGUGCCCUAAAUUUCUUGGUGCCCUAAAUUUAAAAGUCACGCUUGAGUGUAGGAAUUGCGCUAUGCAUUUUGGGCCAUGCAAUUUCAGUGACGAAUGUGGCACUCAUCUUUAUCCAGCAGACACUGAUGAUAAUACAUUUAUGGAGGUCAGCAACAUGACUUACUUUGACUUGGCUUUGUACCGUUGGAUUCCUUCUCUAAGGUUCAUUCAUUGUUUUGCUUCAAAUUACUUAUUUAACACUUUGUUUUCCUUCAAAUUAUUUAAACCUUUAUAUUAUAACAUUUUCUAGCCAUCACUGUUGGGUAUCCUUCAGUGGAUUCUCAGAGGCUUAUAACGAAAUAUACCAAGAGCCAAUCAGCCGAUAUGCUUCGCGCUUAACAGGUAAAUAAUUAGCACAUUAGUAUUACAGUAUAUUUUUGCAAUUUUCAAAUUUAAUACAUGUGCAUUUGUUACUAAAUAAUAAACUCUAAUUUAUCGGCAAAUACCGUGAUAAAAUUGUAAAUUUCACACCUUUUAUACAAUGAAUCGACGAAACAUGUAUCCUUUAUGCUACAAAUCAUCAUAUACCGAAACAAAACUUUUUUACUGAUAAAUCUGUAACCGCUACAGAAAAACAGAACAAAUUACAGUAAAAACACAACAGAAUACAGAAGCGAAAGUGGGACACUUUGUAUUUUGACUGUAUAUCUAUAAAAUUACAACAACUUGGAGACCUUGGACAAUAGUGACAAAAAUAAUUUGCAAGUAGAGGCUAGAUCUAUACCAAGUUAAUUAUAUAAUGUCUGUCUAAAGGCUGGAUCACACUGUCAAUGCGAUUGUAAUAGUGACACAAUUUGCAAGUAGAGGCUAUAGUAUGCGGCACGCAAUAAUUGGCAAAAUUAUCUAUACCAAGUUAUUGUAUGUCUAAAGGCUGGUUCACACAAUGCAAUCGUAAUAGUGACACAAACAAUUUGCAAGCAAGUCUUGUCAGCAAGUGGACUACAUUACAUACAUUACAAAAGCAAAAUCGGAUCCGACAAAAUGGAAUUGUGUGAACUAGCCUUGAUGAUUGUUGUUGAUGUUGCUUUACCCAUAUACAGUAUGUCUAAUAUUUGCCUAUUUGGUUUUUCUAGGGUCUUUAAAUUUGAAAGAAACAGGUGAAGAUGCAGAUUGCAAUGUUGGUAUGUAUAGUAAUAUCUAUUUUUAACAAUAUUUAGAUAAUAGCAAUAAUUGGAUUUCAAUUGCAAUGUUAAAUCUUAGAAUAGAAACCCAUCUGACCAAAUAAAUUUAUUAACAGUUUAAGUGGCAAUGCACCCCUAUUUUAUUAUUUAACUCUGUCUAACGCCAGACGAUUUUACACGUCAGGGGUUAAUCAGACUAUCUGCCUAAUUAAUGGGUUAAUCAGACUAUCUGCCUUAAGGUGGAUUUCCAGUCCUUGCACGAAGCUCCUCGCAGCUCGCUGCGAGUGCAUGCAUGAGCACUUUCAUCCAAUCACAAUGCAAAACAGUUAAUUUUAAUUAGAUGCAAUCACUCGCAGCGAGCUGCGAGGAGCUUCGUGCAAGGAUUGGAAAUCCACCUUAAUGCACCCUGUGAAUUUUGCCUUCUUUUUUAUUGUCUAAUGCCAGAUGAUUUUACUUAUUGAGGGAAACUUGUGCACACUAAUGUGGCAUCCAGGCUUCAAUGCCACCUGUCUUUUGAAUGGGCAUUUUUAAAAGUGGACGGGAACUUUAUUAACCAAAAUUCCAAUAUAUUUGGUCUACAUUUGCUGACAUUUAACAGUCAUUGCAGAUACCAAAGAUAUGCUGACCAUAAGAUACAAGUUGCCAUUUAUGGGUGUAAUAUAUCUGUGAAAUAUUUAGUAUUUUUGGUUAUUUGGCGAUUUAAUUAUUUUAUCUUGUGGGUGUUUUGCCAGGUGAAGUAUCUGCUAAAGUAGUUGCCAAGUGCUUCUGGCACCACAAAGUUGAGCAAGAACUGACUGAAAGAGGUUUGAGGAAGGAAUGGGUUUUUGGUCAGCAACAUGACAAGGAACACAGUGGUAUCCAUGACAAUGUUAUGGAGUAUCAUGAUUUUUUCUGUGUUGGUGUAAUUGCAUUAGGUCGUAGGUUCGAUUCCCAAUGCAAGGGACUGAUGCAAGAAGACUCACCCUUUUGA